UACGCAAAUUGUCGUCCGGUAACUUUACAAAUUUUAAUAAUACAAGAUUUCUAUAAAUAUAUGAGAUAAUUCUAUCGGCCCGGCGACGUACUACUCCGAACACAGCUACAGCAGACCAGUGUUCGCCUGCCACGAAGAUGGAAGGUAUGGUCACAGAAUACAUUUAAAUGUUAUGGUUUUUGUGUAAUUUGGUAAAGAGUAGUUACUGAGAUAUGUCUUUGAGAAACUCAGCUCGGACGGUGUGCGACACAGUCUUAAGUUAUGCCUUAUGUAAGCCGAUAAUGGCGUCCUUUGGGCGGGUUCCCCGCAGGUCUAUCGGUGCGUACGACAAUGAUGGGAAGACGUACGUGUCCAUGCUGAACAACAACAAUAUCAGGGAAGGCGUCAUGAUAUCGAGUUAUAGUCAGUUCGGUUUCCGGCUGAACAACAACUUUCAGGUGCUCGGCCCAAUCAUUUGUUUCUCUAACUCGAUAAUCGCCUGGUACAUAAACGAUGAUGGGGAUGUUCACGAGAACUCAUUGUCCUUAUUGUUCAAUUUGGAACCUAUGCCGUCUCUGAUCGUGUUAGGCAUCGGUGAUAAUACAUAUCGUAGACAAAUCGACAAGAUCGUAUUAACAGCUACCAAGAAAUACGGAUGCAACAUUGAGGUGUUGCCUGUUGACGCGGCACUGGCCACCUACAAUUUUGCCAUCAGUGAACAACGAUAUGUAGCCGGAGCGUUCAUUCCACCUAAAUUCAUACCAGUCAUCAGCGACGACGUAUUAACCGCCAACGCUCGACACAUACAUCUUUACGGGGAAGAUCUUCCCAGAAAAGAUGUGUGGCAGGAGAACGAAGAACACUUGGAAAAGGUCAAUCAAAACUAUAAGGAAUUUGCUGAAGUGGUAGGAGCGCAAAAAGCGGCAGAUAUUGAGUUGGAAGAAAAACUAGCUAAAUCCAAAAAUAAAAAAAAAAUUAAAUAAAAUCGAAUAAAUAAUUUGUUGAUAGUCAAUUCAAAAUAUAUUUAUUAUAGUAAUGUUUCUCUAAAUAGACUACACAUCUAUGUAAUAUUGUUUUUGUUAAAA